AUGGAUGUCAAAAAUGCUUUUCUCCAUGGUGAUCUCGAAGAAGAUAUCUACAUGACACCUCCUCUUGGUUUGUUUUCCUCUUCUACUUUGGAAGUUUGUAAGUUGAAUCGCUCAUUGUAUGGCUUAAAACAAGCUCCCCGUGCAUGGUUUGAGAAGUUCAGAUCUACCUUGUUACAGUUUAAGUUUGUGCAAAGUCAAUAUGACUCUUCUCUAUUCCUUCAUAAAACUUCUAUUGGAAUUGUCCUUCUUUUGGUCUAUGUUGAUGACAUGGUUAUAACAGGAACGAUUUCUUUAUUGAUUACUCAGCUUCAGCAGCAUCUUCGAGAGUCAUUUCAUAUGAAGGAUCUUGGCCACCUUACAUAUUUCUUGGGAUUGGAAGUUCAAUCUAACUCCUCUGGUAUAUUUCUCAAUCAGCAUAAAUAUACUCAAGAUUUAGUUGCAUUGGCUGGUCUUCAGGAUUCUUCAUUGGUUGAUACUCCUCUAGAAGUGAAUGUCAAGUACCACUCGGAUGAGGGAGAGCUACUUUCUGAUCCAUCUUUGUAUCGACAACUAGUGGGCAGCUUAAACUACCUGACUAUUACCAGACCUGACAUCUCCUUUGCUGUCCAGCAAGUUAGUCAGUUUAUGCACUCUCCCCGUCAUCUUCACUUGGUUGCAGUUCGUCGCAUCAUAAAAUAUCUUCGGGGUACUCCAUGUCAUGGUUUAUUUUUUCCCGCUGGGUCUUCUCUGUGCCUUAGUGCUUUUAGCGAUGCCGAUUGGGCUGGUUGCGCAAACACUCAUCGCUCUGUUACAGGUUGGUGUAUGUUUCUUGGGGAUUCUUUGAUAUCGUGGAAGAGUAAGAAACAAGAUCGGGUCUCUAAAUCUUUUAUUGAAUCUGAAUAUCGGGCUAUGUCUGCUGCCUGCUCUGAGAUUACUUGGCUUCGAGGAUUGUUGACUGAGAUUGGAUUUCCUCAAUCUAAUCCCACUCCUCUACAUGCAGAUAAUAUCAGUGAUACUCAAAUUGCUACUAAUCUAGUCUACCAUGAGCGCACCAAGCAUAUUGAAGUUGACUAUCAUUAUAUUCGAGAUGUUGUAAAUACUCGAGUUAUUUAUCUUCCACAUGUUUCCACAGAUUUGCAAAUUGCCGAUGUGUUUACCAAGUCUCUUACUCGACAGCGCCAUCAAUUUCUUAUUGGCAAAUUGAUGCUUCUUGAUCAACCAGCAUCAAUUUGA